CCCAGUCACCAUGACAAACCAAAUCACCGACGAAGAAUGGGCCGACAUCCUCGCCCACGAACUCCCCACGCAAAAUGACCCCAUCCUGCAAAAGUACCACGCCGCCCGCGCCGCCCUCAUCGCCGAAGAGCAGAAACAGCGCUCCGACCACGUCUUCCGCCAAUCCCUCUCCCCGCUCGCCCGCCGGGCUUGCUCCAUCGUCUCCCGCAUCCGGCUCGAGGAGCAAAAGGCCAUCUGGACGCCCGACCUCGAGGAGCAGCUGGCGCGCAAAGAGGAGAAUAACGGCAUCAUCAUUCAUCCGGGCAUGAUGUUUACCCUGGCCAAGGAGACGAUGGAGGCGACCAAGCUGUGGAAGAUUGUGCGAAAAAUGCCCAAGGGGGCGUUGUUGCAUAGUCAUUGUGAUGCCAUGGUGGACUUUGAUUUUCUGUUGGGCGUGGUGUUGGAGACGGAGGGGAUGGGGAUUGCGACGCCCGAAAGGGGAGGGCUGGGGACGGAAGAAAGAAGGAGGGAGGGCGAGGUGGUGGUCAAGUUUGUGGGGGAACUGGAGAGGAAAGUGGAUGCAAAGUCCAUAUGGGCUGGUGAGGAGGGAGGAUAUGAGCCGGGGACGUUUAUCAAUCUGGUGGAAGCUGCGGACGCGUUUCCUGAGGGAGGGAGAAAGGGGUUUUUGCAGUGGUUGAAGAGUAGGUGUAUUCUGAGCCAGACGGACGCGAUUGAGCAGAGACAUGGGUCGGCGGAGAUUUGGAGGAAGUUUAUGAGGUGCUUCGGUGUGAUUGGGUCCAUGCUGCAUUAUGAGCCUAUUUGGAGAAGGUUUUUAAGACGGUUGUUGCAGCAGUUGGUGGAGGAUGGGGUUUAUUGGGUUGAGGUUAGAUUUGCCUGGCAACUCGACUACUGCCGCGAAGGCUGCACCACCCCCGAGCCCGACUACACCGCCAUGUUCAACGUCAUCGAAGAAGAAGUUGCUGCCUUUAAGGCCACUCCCGAAGGUUCCUCCUUCUGGGGCCUCCGGAUGAUUUGGACCACCGUCCGCGCCUUUGGGCCCCGUACCAUCAUCCAGUCCAUGAACGACUGCAUCGCCACCAAGAUCAACUUCCCCCAUCUCAUCGCCGGCUACGACCUUGUCGGACCCGAAGACGCCGGCCGCCACCUUACCGAUCUCCUACCGGAACUCUUCUGGUUCAGAAAGCAGUGCGCAGCCGAGGGCGUGGAGAUCCCCUUCUUCCUUCACGCCGGAGAAACACUUGGAGAUGGUGACGCCGUCGACCACAACCUCUUUGACGCCCUGCUCCUGGGAGCAAGGAGGAUUGGCCACGGCUUCUCGCUGUAUAAGCACCCGCAGCUGAUCAAAGCCGUCAAGGACAAGCGCGUGUUGAUCGAGAGCUGUCCGAUUUCCAACGAAGUGCUGCGGUUGACGGGCAGUAUCAUGCAGCACCCGCUUCCCGCGCUCUUGGCCAGGGGCGUGCCGUGUGCCCUGUGCAAUGACGAUCCGGCAAUUCUGGGUCAGGACAUGGCGGGAAUGACGCACGAUUUCUGGCAGGCGUUACAGGGGUGGGAGAACCUGGGUCUGGCUGGGUUGGGCUCGUUGGCGGAGAAUAGUGUGAGGUGGGCGGCGUUUGAGGAUCAGACGGCAGAUGAGUGGGCGAGGGAUGUGAGGGAGGCAGGUAUGGGCAGUGGAACCAAGGCGGAGAGGUUGAAGCAGUGGGCUGUGGAAUGGGAGAAGUUUUGCGUGUGGGUGGUGGAUGAGUAUGGGGAUGAAUAUGGUGGUGAUGAGGCGUGAGUGCGGAUGGGAUCGGCUGCCUCGGGAGAGUUGGCGAUAGACAAAUCGGGGCUGUUUGGUGAUAAGUCAGUCUCAAUAUGGUUACUCAAGUUCUUGGAGACUUGGGGAAUCAGACAAUGAGCGUUGAAACUCCCGACUAUUCGGGCCUGGAGCAAACCACUGAAUGCAUAUUGCAAAUCGUUGACAGCCAAACUCGGUCCUAUUUACCUACAUUUGCCAGCCGAUAUCCCCACACGACUCAUCACACAUCCCAGUUCAUACGUAUAUAAACACUAUCCUCGUUCGAACAGACACACCGCCCCGUCUACGAUUACAUACGACCAUAGGCACUUGAGAAAACUCGGGAUCCCGUCCGCUCUCCGAUCGAUAAGCCAGUGACCGCC